AUGUUCCUUCUGUCGUUGUCGGUUCUCCUCCCUCUUCUCCCGUUGACUCGAUGCUCUUUCUACGAUAACCCGGAGCUUGAGAUCCCCACCGAGUCCGGGACCCCGCUGGACGAACUGAAAGCGAAAUGGGACUUUGAUUGGGGAUUCUCGGGGAUAUCGACCUUUGCACAUCUCCACCAUGUAAAGUGUCUCACGACGCCAUAUGAACCAUUUGAUAUCGGCAUCAUCGGCGCCCCAUUCGACACGGCCGUAAGUUAUCGACCUGGAGCCCGCUUUGGCCCACGCGCCAUCCGCGCCGCCUCAGCACGACAGACCUCCUUCCGGGGCUUCAACCACCGAGCCCAUCUCAACCCGUAUACCUCGUGGCCGGCGAUCCUCGACUGCGGAGACAUUCCCAUCACGCCGUUCGACAAUGCCCUGGCCCUGCACCAGAUGAGCAGCGCCUACCUUGAACUUCUGUCCCGACGACCCCUGAGCUACAGUAACCCGGAAGGCCACGUUCAUCCCAAGCUGAUCACCCUGGGUGGAGACCACUCCAUCGCCUUACCAGCCCUGCGAGCCCUGGAGAAAGUAUACGGCCAGCCGAUUGCCGUGUUGCACUUUGACGCACAUCUAGAUACCUGGCAUCCCGGUGCCUAUCCGAGCGCGUGGGCCGAGACCCCAACGCAAGCCGACUUCACGCACGGUACCAUGUUCUGGGUCGCCAGCCAAGAAGGCCUCAUCAACAACGGCUCCUCCGUACAUGCCGGCCUCCGCACCCGCCUUCUGGGCAACGACUUCCACGACUACGAGGACGACGAGAAGCAGGGCUUCCUGCGGAUUGAGAGUGACGACAUUGACGCGGUAGGCGUGCAGGGGAUUAUCGACCUGAUUAUGGAGCGAAUGGGGACAAAAACCCCAGUCUACCUCUCCGUGGACAUCGACGUUAUCGACCCCGGCCUCGCCCCGGGCACGGGCACGCCCGAACCAGGCGGCUGGACGACACGCGAACUGAUCCAGAUCCUCCGCGGGGUCGAGGACCUGAACCUCGUGGGCGCCGACGUGGUCGAGGUGUCCCCCGCGUACGAGAGCGGGCAUGGCGAGAGCACGGCCCUGGCGGGGGCGCAGGUCGUCUUCGAGAUGCUCACGAGUAUGGUCAAGUGA